CAAAAAGAAACCACAGCUUGUUCUUUCCAUUAGAAAAUCAGAAGAAAUGGGAGGUGAAGAUGGUGAUGGAGACAGAAACUGGGAUUUCCAUCUCCGUACAUUAUCAAACGGCACUAGAGACUCUAAUUUAGCAAACAACCCUGCGUCUGAUCCCUCUCUUCUCCAUUCCGUGAAGAGGCUUCAUGAAUUGUGUAAAGAAGAGAAUUCAGAGGACUUGAUAGCUAGGGUUUAUCCGCAGAUCAAUAAACUCUUUCAACGCUCUGUCUCUUUGCUUUCUCAAUCUACAAACUCCUAUGGACUUCUCUUGCUGGCUAUUCUUCAAUUUUUCCUUGAUUUUGGAGAGGUGGUUCUGCAUGAUGCGGACCCUAUUUUGCGGACAUUUCUUCGUACGUGUUUGAGCCGUGAAUUUGCAGACCCAGUUGUUGCAGAAGCAACUCUUGACUUUCUAAAUGUGAACAAGAAAAAGAUUUUAACUUCUUUCCCCACCUUACUACCUCAGUUUUUUCCAUUGAUGCUGAAGCUGAUUGCAUGGAAUGGAGAAAAAUUAGAAAAAUCAUUUAUGAAGAUUUUUCCAGGGUUGAUGAUGUCCCCUGGAUCGUUUCUUCCUCUAUUUCCAUCUUUAGUGGAUUUGCCAAUUUUGGUAGUGGCAUUACAAAAGGUAGAAAGGAGCUCAGGAUCACUUAUUGGAAGCAGCAUAGCCUCCAUCCAGAAGAGUACGGCUCCUGAGAUGCUACUUGCUCUCAUGGAUGAAGCUUAUACCGGCUCAACAAUAGCAGAUGGUGGGGUCGACUCUGAAUCUGAGGAUAGCAGCGCAAUAGAUGCAGCUGAUCCUUUUUUUCUUGAAUUUCUCAAGGAUGAAAAUGAUGGGCUUCCUGAACGGCAUUGGACUUCUCCUGCAAUGGUUGCCACUUUACAGGCUACAAUCAACACCCCUCAGUCUGAUCGGUUAAAGCAAAUGCUCAAAAUGACACCUCGACUUCUCGAUGUGUAUUUCGCUAUAUCAUUGCGUGAUGUUAAUGAUUCUUUAAUCUGUGCAUUGAUUCCCCUGCUUAUGUCAAGAAAUGACACAAUGUUUCCUGACAAAAUAUUUUCUUAUGAGGUUCGUAAGAGGCUCUUAGAGUUCAUGCUUGCUGCAUUUCAGCGAUCUCCAAAUUUCAUUGCUCUCCUGAAGAAACCUAUCAUGGAUAGGCUUGGAGAAGCCUAUGACAGCCCUGCAAAGACAGAAUUGGCUUUACAGCUGUGCUGGGCCAUUGGAGAGCAUGGUGGGGGAGGUGGAUCUCACAAGGAUGCUGCUCGUGAGCUUUUUGAGAGUUUAGAACUACUUUUAUAUGAAAACCUAUCCACUAGUCGUCUUGGUUUAAGAGAGUCAGCUUUGAGAUCUAGUGGUGGAAGCUCAAGAAAGUCAUCACAGUCAAGGUUGCUUUGUUUUGUUGUAACAGCCAUUGCAAAGCUUGCCUCAUAUCACCGGGAAUUAUUACCGAGGGCACGCGUAUCCUUGGGCAAGGUAGCCCGAUCUCGGAUCUCAGAUGUUAGGGUUUGGAGGCGUGCACGUGAUUAUUUGGGUUUAAUGAAUGAGCCUGCAAUUUGUCUGUCUGUUUUGGGGCCUUCAAGACCCUCAGAUGGAAACAUGCAAAAGCCAGGAACUGUCAACUGGAGUGAAGGUGGCACAAAGAUGAUUGCACAUAUUCCGUUUUACAUUCUUGGUGAACAAGAAGGUCCGCCUUUCCAUGAUUUUUCCUUUUCAGAUAUCCUUCCUAGAAGAUGAUGGCCGCGUGUUCAAAACGGAAUGCAUCUAUAGUUUUGAUUUGAUACGAAUCCUGUUCAGAAUUUGAUUGGUUUUUCCCUUUUCAAUAUCAACAUGGAUUCCUUUUGUGCCAUAAUAGCUAACACUAUCAAAUAGUUUCGGUUUGUUUUCGUACUACUAACUGUAAGUAACUUCAUCUUCCCUUUGCUUUAGUGCUCCAUUUGUUCAUCA